CCGGCUGCCCCAGAUCGCGCGGCUGGACAGCGGAGAGUGCAUAGAAGGGCUGCGGGAAAAUGACUACCUUCUGAUUCACUCGUGCCGUCAGUGGACCACCAUCACGGCCCACAGCCUGGAGGAGGGGCACUAUGUCAUUGGGCCAAAGAUAGAGAUCCCGGUACAUUAUGCAGGGCAAUUCAAGCUGCUGGAACAAGACCGUGAUAUAAAGGAGCCAGUGCAAUAUUUCAACAGUGUGGAGGAGGUGGCUAAAGCAUUUCCUGAACGCGUGUAUGUCAUGGAGGAAAUAACAUUCAACGUGAAGGUUGCUUCAGGUGAAUGCAAUGAAGACACCGAAGUUUACAACAUCACCCUGUGUACUGGGGAUGAACUCACUCUAAUGGGGCAGGCAGAAAUCCUUUAUGCAAAGACUUUCAAGGAAAAGUCGAGACUCAACACCAUCUUCAAAAAGAUUGGGAAGCUCAAUUCCAUCAGCAAGCUGGGAAAAGGCAAAAUGCCAUGCCUCAUUUGCAUGAAUCACCGGACCAAUGAAAGCAUUAGCCUUCCAUUCCAAUGCAAGGGCAGAUUUAGCACCCGGAGUCCCCUGGAACUGCAGAUGCAGGAGGGUGAGCACACCAUCCGCAACAUCGUGGAGAAAACCAGGCUUCCCGUCAAUGUGACCGUGCCAAGUCCUCCACCCCGAAACCCAUACGACCUCCACUUCAUCCGCGAGGGGCACCGCUACAAAUUCGUGAACAUCCAGACCAAGACAGUGGUGGUUUGCUGUGUGCUGCGGAACAACAAGAUCCUCCCCAUGCACUUCCCCUUGCAUUUGACUGUCCCCAAGUUUAGCCUCCCAGAGCACCUCGUGAAGGGGGAGGUCUGGCCCGAAACCCUGGUCCAUCACUGGCUGGGUAUCUGCCAAGAACAGUUUGACAUUGAUGAGUAUUCACGGGCUGUGCGUGAUGUGAAGACCGACUGGAAUGAAGACUGCAAGAGCCCCAAAAAGGGCCGGUGCUCUGGCCACAACCAUGUGCCCAAUUCCCUUAGCUACGCCCGCGAUGAGCUCACCCAGUCCUUCCACCGCCUUUCGGUCUGUGUGUAUGGCAACAAUCUCCAUGGCAAUAGCGAGGUGAACCUCCAUGGCUGCAGGGACCUGGGGGGAGACUGGGCUCCUUUUCCUCAUGACAUCCUGCCCUAUCAGGAUUCCGGUGAUAGUGGGAGCGACUACCUUUUCCCAGAAGUGAGUGAAGAUUCAGCAGGCGUCCCAGGGAAGUCAGAACUUCCCUAUGAAGAGCUGUGGCUGGAGGAAGGCAAGCCCAGCCAUCAGCCUCUCACCCGCUCCCUGAGCGAGAAGAGCAGAUGCGAGCAGUUUCGAGGUUCUGUCCGGUCCAAAUGUGCUACUUCACCUCUUCCUGUCCCUGGGACUCUGGGAGAAGCUAUGAAGUCUUCAGAUAUCACCCUACCUCCACCUCCAGUGCCUCCCAAAUCUGAAGCCGUCAGGGAAGAGUGCCGGCUCCUGAACGCCCCACCUGUUCCACCCCGAAGCGCAAAGCCUCUGUCCACAAGUCCCUCCAUCCCUCCUCGCACAGUCAAGCCAGCGCGGCCACAGACUCGCUCUCCCAGCCCCACCUUGUCCUACUAUUCUUCAGGGCUGCACAACAUCAGCAUUACUAAAAGUGACACAAGUCCUUCUGAAAGUGUUCCUGUUUCCUGCUAUCCAUGUAACCGAGUGAAAAUGGAUUCUGUGGACUUGAAAUCCCCAUUUGGAAGCCCUUCGGCUGAAGCCCUGAGCUCCCGACUCUCAUGGCCUAACCAUUAUUCAGGAGCCUCAGAGAGCCAGACCAGGAGUGAUUUCCUGCUGGAUCCAAGCAGGAGUUAUAGUUACCCUAGACAGAAGACACCAGGCACACCAAAGAGAAAUUGCCCAGCACCCUUCGAUUUCGAUGGCUGUGAGCUCCUGACCAGCCCUCCCAGCGCAGUCACUGCAGAAUUCAGUAGCAGCGUCUCUGGUUGUCCCAAGUCAGCCAGCUACUCUCUGGAGAGCACAGACGAGAAAACUCUCACAGCUGGCACAGCAAAGCAGAGUCUCUCAUGCCCUGCCUUACCCCCCAGAGCCCCAAAACUAGUAGAAGAAAAAGCUGCCUCCGAAACAUCUCCUUUGCCUCUGAAAAUCGAUGGUGCUGAGGAAGACCCCAAGUCUGGGUCCCCAGACCUCACUGAAGACCAGUAUUUUGUUAAAAAGGGCAUGCAGGAUAUCUUCUCUGUUUCUUACCCUUUCUCAUCCCCACUCCACCUCCAGCUGGCCCCCCGGUCCUGUGGGGAUGGCUCCCCAUGGCAACCGCCCACUGACCUGUCGGGACUCUCCAUAGAGGAAGUAUCCAAGUCACUGCGGUUCAUUGGUCUGUCUGAAGAUGUCAUAGCAUUCUUUGUCACGGAAAAGAUUGAUGGGAACUUGCUUGUUCAAUUGACAGAAGAAAUCCUCUCAGAGGAUUUCAAAUUGAGCAAACUGCAGGUGAAAAAAAUAAUGCAGUUCAUUAAUGGCUGGAGGCCCAAAAUAUAGCCAAAUAACCCCAGCUAGCAUGGAACAGAACUGAUAAACGUGUGUGCUAGAAGGGGUGGGCUGGGACACAACUUCAUGUUUUUGCACUAAAAAAAGAAAAAAAAAAAAAACAACCUUCUCUGUAAAUAGGGAUAAGAGAUACUCUUACUAUGCAGAUUACGUUUUUGAAUGGUGAACAGGCUAUUUUGUACAUCAAUAAAGACGCUGUACAGAACACUUAGAGGUGUGCCUUGUACGUCACUCAACACUCAACAGCUGCUAAAAGGAAAACGGCAUGUUCAGAGAAAUCUUCUUACCCGAGUAGGUUUAUGUGAGAAGGUAAAACGGAAUACCUCAUAAAUGAUCAAACUGGAACACCUCUUCAACAGUAACUGACACAUCUGUGGAGAAGUUUCUGGUACUGCAGUCCUACAACAUGCGACCCAUGUUGUUAAGAAAACAUCCUUCUAGGUGAGAGGCAACUCGCUCCCAUCAUAAAGUCAACCUCUUGGAACUUCUCUUCCCAAUUCGAAACAGAAAAAAUGUCAUUGACAAGUUGCCAGUUUUCACUGGCAAACCUUUGCUGAAACCUUUUUAAAACACCUCGCACUUGGACACGAUUCUCCUACUCAGGAGGAAGGAUCGGGGUUGCUUUGGGUUUAUUAUGAAGGUUGUACCACAUAAGUAAAUGAUUCCUUUUUUCUUUUGCAAGAACGUUACACAAAUUAGAAUUGUUUUCUUUUCGUUUACUUGUUUUGGUCUUUAGCAUAUUUAUGUCAAGUUUAUAUCGAUUGGCAAUAUAGAGGCCCCAUGAGGCCAGGGAUGCUGGUCCUCAGUGCCUUUAUUCCUUAAACAUUCACUUACCACUUGGUGUGGCCUGGACGCCAUGAGUCACCAAUCUACCAUGUCAAAGAGAAGACCUGCCCUGCCCUCAAGGAGCACAUAGUUUUUCUAUUUAAAAUCACAGUGACUGAGAUGAUGGAUAUGUGGGUAAGAGAGACAUGAAAUCCUCUGGAUAGCUAGGCAUAUGGAGGGUUAAGUGUGUCUCAACUUUAAGGGAUCCACAGUUCAAAGAAAUGGCAGCCUCUAUUAAAAGAUAUAAAGGAAACCCUACAACAUUGUGACAACUUGGAAUGCAUUGGAAGCAGAAAGUACCUCUGUUUCUCAGUGGCUAGUGUUUUCUUUCACUUGGAACUUGUUUGAUGGUAAUAAAUACCUUCUGGCAGCUCCAAAAGCCAUAAGUAGAUGUGAUUGUCAUUGCUGAGUGGAGAGAAUCAAGGCAUCCCGGUUAGACAAGGCAUUCAUAGCCUUGAGGAAACCAUGAAGAGAAAUGCAGAGCAGGGUGAGAAGGAAACAGCCCUUCUCUUCUGUGUUUUUGCCAUGAAAAGUGAUGCAUAGAGAGCCCCAUAAACGGGAUCUUUUCUAACCAACCAGCUCAGGUAGGGCCCCGAAAUCAGAAUAAUAACCAUGGUGCUUGAGGCAAAAGGUCUGUCUAAACAAAACCCAUUAAGAGUCCUUACAUUCAUGGCUAGGUUCCUCAUGGUCCCAAUUUGAAAAGAAAAUCCAAAAUAAACCAAGCCAAGCUAGAAUGCAGUAUGUGGACCUGACUCGUGUUAGGAGGAAGAACUCACACACUCCCAGAUCAGUUCCUUCUCAGAAUCUUGUAAACGCCUGCAAGUUCUCUAAGUUCAGCUGCUCAACUUUAUGAACUGUGAAAUUUACACUAACACUUAGUCAACCCACAUAUACCGUUCAAGUUUAUGAAGUUGCAGUGAACUGCCCAUUCAGCUAAAUGGUGAUGCGUAUUCUUGUAUCGUGUAGAAAUACAGCAAUCCUGUGGGGAAAUGUUCUGAUGGCACAUUCCACCUGUGUUAGACACGUGCAUAAAGCCCCUCCUCACAUUCCAGAUCCACCUGCAUCUCAUCCGCACAGCUCCCUGAGAAGUUUGGGGGAAGGCUGUGGAUGGACAGAGGGUCCUUUAUUUUGCAAACACAUUGUAUAACACAUCACUGCUCAUCAUGCCUAAUGAGCAUAAGAUUAAUGUUUUGAAUAACAAACUGGAAAACAAAAUAGUUGUCCAAAGAACCUAAUGAACUGUUCAGAAGAAAUCUUAAUUCCUUUUACCAGACAAGUUAAAUCUGCUGUUGGACACAUAUUUCAGAAAUAUGCCCAUUAUGCCAAUUUCCACUAUGUUUCAAGUAAUCUAGAAGCACCAGGCUGCUGGGCCCAGAGUGCAAAUGAUGGCAAGUGGGACUUUAUGCCAUGAGCUCAUAAUAAGGGAUUCUUACAGUCACAGCAUAUGAAGGCCCACUGUUUAGUCUUCAAAACGUGAUGUUUCAAAUUUUGUCUUAUUGUGAUAGCCAGAAACAAGGAGUAAAUGCAAUU